AGAAGCUGAUGUAGCUCUAUAAAGGAUGGACCGAAGAGCUGAUUCUUCCCACCAACAAAAAAAAGAAAUUCUGUAGCGUUAGAAGUAAACCUCAGCUUGCUUUAAUGGCUAAUUCUGCCCUUCGGUACAGGCACUUCAUUCCUGUGGUUGCUACGCUUCCCUUUCUUCUCUCAGUUGCAUUCGCCUUCGCAACUGCGACAGCACAUACACCGAUCAACAUUAGCCUCGGUGCUUCUCUCACACCCAACACCGCCACCAACUCCUCCUGGCUCUCGCCUUCCGGUGUCUUCGCAUUUGGGUUCUAUCAGCGAGACCACGGUUAUGCGGUCGGUGUUUUCCUUCCACGAACUCCGCGUAAAAUCCCAGUCUGGACCUCUAACCGAGACCAUCCUCCGGUCCCAAUAAAUUCCACCCUGCGCUUCACCACCGACGGGAGACUUGUCCUGCAGUCUGCAGAAGCGCAAGAGACGUCCGUCGCCAUUCUGACAGAUUUUGCGGUCUCAGCUUCUAUGCUCGACACGGGCAAUUUCGUUCUGUAUAACUCGCGGCGGGAUGUCAUUUGGCAGACUUUUGAUUCACCGACUGAUACCCUCUUGGCAGGCCAGCAUUUAUCAGCAGGCCAACAGUUGUUCUCGAGCGCUUCCGAGAGCGACCAAUCAACCGGCAUCUUUCGCCUCAACAUGCAAAAGGAUGGAAACCUCGUGCAGUAUCCUGUAGAUACUCCAGACACGGCCUCGUACGCUUACUGGGAAGCUGGCACCGGCGGAGCCGGUGACAAUGUGACACUAUACCUAGAUAAUGACGGUUUUCUCUACCUGUUGAACACAACAGGUAAAUAUCUAAAGAAUAUCACCACAAGUAGAGGACCUCCUAAGGAAGGGAUGUUCUACCUUAUGAGAAUCGACACAGAUGGGAUUUUCCGACUGUAUUCAUACAACGCGACCCCCGAUUUGUCCGAAAUAUGGCGGUCUUCUGAGGACAAAUGUAGCCCCAAGGGCUUAUGCGGGCUCAACGGGUUUUGUGCCAUGAACGACCAAAUCGCUGAGUGCAAGUGUCUUCCAGGAUUCGUACCUGUGAACCAGGGGAACUGGACAUCCGGGUGCGAGAGGAACUUCAGUGCAGAAAGCUGCACGAGAAUGGACGCGGCCACUGGGUACACUACUCCAGCGGUUUCUAACACUGUAUGGGAGGAUGCUGCGUAUGCCGUUCUUACUUUUUCAACCAACGAAGAAUGUCAAAAGGCAUGCUUGCAGGAUUGCAAUUGCGAAGCCGUGAUAUACGAGGAGCAAUCCUGCAGAAAGCAGAGGCUUCCGCUGAGAUAUGGCAGGAGAGACCUCAGCAAUGCGAAUGUACUCUUCAUCAAGGUAGGAGAGACUGGAUCUAAAGAGAAUGGCACCAACGGCUUCAUGCCGGAGGGCAAGAAAAGACCUUCUCAGAGAGACAUUCUAGUUGCAAUUGCAUCUUCUACGGCUUUCGCAUUAGUCACACUGGCAGUGUCGGGAUUCAUUGUUUACAGAUAUCGGGUUCGACUAUAUGAAGUACUUCCCAAGGAGGGAAGUAGUAGAAUGAUAGAGAAUAUUUCGCCGAGAUCAUUUACUUAUGAAGAGCUGAAGAGAGUAACCAAAGAUUUCGCCCAAGAGAUUGGCAAGGGAGCAUUCGGGACAGUGUAUAAAGGUACACUGUUGAAUAGCCUCGAGGAUGUAGCUGUUAAGAAACUAGAGAAGGUCUCAUCGGAUGGUGAAAGCGAAUUCCAAACAGAGGUGAAAAUCAUCGGGAGGACUCAUCACCGGAGUCUCGUCCAAUUGCUUGGUUAUUGUCUUGAUGGUGCCGACAGGCUUUUGGUGUACGAGUACAUGAGCAAUGGGUCGCUCGCAGAUCUACUCUUCACGCCCGAAAAACAACCUUGCUGGGAUGAAAAAAUGGGAAUCGCUCGGAACAUAGCCAGAGGCCUCCUCUAUCUACACGAAGAGUGCAAAACCCAGAUCAUUCACUGCGAUAUCAAGCCACAGAACAUACUGAUCGACGAAUGUAGGCAAGCCAAAAUAUCUGAUUUCGGGUUAUCGAAGCUGCUGAAGCCAGAUCAAACCAACACCAUGACGGGGAUUAGAGGAACAAGGGGUUACGUCGCGCCAGAGUGGCACAAGAAUUUGCCAGUGACGGUGAAAGCAGACGUUUACAGCUUUGGCAUCGUGUUGCUGGAGAUCAUCUGCUGCCGAAGAAGCGUGGAUUGGAGCCUUCCCGAUGAUGAAGCCAUUCUCGAAGAAUGGGUCUAUAGCUGUUUCCUGGCUCGCGAGCUAGAGAAACUCGUCAAUGAUGAAUCGAUCGACAGAAGACAGUUGGAGAGACUGGUUAAAGUGGCUCUUUGGUGCAUCCUUGAAGAGCCGUCGCUCCGUCCUUCGAUGAGGAAGGUGCUCCUGAUGCUGGAAGGCACGGUGGACAUUCCGAUGCCUCCUUGUCCUACUUCCUUCCUUAGUGCCAUCUAGACUUCCGCCACAACUGUGCUGAUCGCCAUCGACAGAAAUGCAUUUGAUGGUCAGUACCAUAUGUAAAAACUGUUCUGAGAGAUUUAUUCAUGCUACGGCGCAAUGCUUGUUUUCCAUUUGAAUGCAACUAUCUCUGUUCUUUCUCUGCUAUUCUCUCUUCUG